AUGGUUGAAGUAUAUUAUCAUGAUAAUAAAGAUACUUUAGAAGAUUUCACUCAAGCUCACAAUUCUGGAGAAUCAGUUUCUUUAGAAAAAUUAGCAGAAAUUGGGGUCUUUUAUAAAUGUGUUACUAAUAUGAAUGAUUUAAACGAAUUAGCUAAACAAAGAAAUUAUAAGAAUAGAGAUGUUGUUAAUUUAAACUUAGAAGCGUUUAAUAAUGAUUUAGAAGCUUAUAAUGCCAAAAUGCAACAAUUCUACAAAGAACAUUAUCAUGAAGAUGAAGAAAUUAGAUAUAUUGUUGAUGGUGAAGGAUAUUUUGAUGUUAGAGAUAAGCAAGAUAGAUGGAUUAGAGCUAAAUUAUCUCCAAAUGAUUUAUUGAUCUUACCUGCUGGUAUUUAUCAUCGUUUUACUUUGACUGAUGAAUUGAAACAAGUUACUGCUGUUAGAUUGUUUAAGGAUGAACCUAAAUGGGAAGCAAUUAAUCGUGAUACUGGAAGAGAAUCUGAUGCUCGUAAAGCAUACACAGAAAGCAUUGCUGUGUGA